AUGAAGCUUCGCGAUAUCGAGGUCAACAUUUCCAGCGCGGACAGCCACGGACAGCUGGCCGAAUUUGCCCACGAUGCGCAGGACGAACGUACCAUCAGCUGUUACAUUGUUAGCGAGGCUGGCAAGACAUUUGCCAUCAACAUACACAAUGGGCUAGAGGGAAAGACAGUGAUUGCUGAUUGCUACAUGGACGGAGAGUAUGCAGAGGUGGAUUAUGCUAAGCCAGGAGACUGGUCGGAGCUCAGGGGAGUGUAUAUCAGCGUGUCUGAAAGCGUGGCCAUGGAGAGAGUAUUUACUUUUGCAAACAUUCAGGUCACUGACGAUGAAAGCGCUCAACACGACGUCCAAGAUCUCGGUUCCGUUGAGGUCCGGGUUUAUCGAAUAGUAAUGGGAGAAUGCUGGGCACCAGAUGCCAGUGCAGAGACCUGGGUCGGCUCCGAUAAACCUGUCAAUGAACUCAGUAAGAAGGCUGGUUUACACCGGAUUGCGUUAGCGGACGCUGCACCGGUUGAAGUUAUGGACCACAUUGACUACACCCCCAUAGAUGGGGUGGACGACCCUUAUGUCACUUUCAGGUUCAUGUAUAGGCCACGAGAUAUACUGAAGGCCCAAGGCAUCAUUCCUCUAUCCCCGAGCCCGGAGACAAACAACACCGAGUGCGCCAAUUCCAAUACUCGGCAGGUAUCAAGUUCGCCUGAAGCGGGUUUAUCCUCAGCGCCACAGCGGGCAGACAAACGACGGGCAUCUGAAUCUACUACACGAGCCGGAGAGCAGGGCCAAGCCAGUAAGAGACCGCGUCAGGCCAGUACCGAGGAGGAUGUGAAGCCGAACCUCGACGACAUUAAGCCGCAUAUCGAACACAGUCCUGAACCAGACAAUGCCAGCAUCGCCUCCGAGUCUGCAGAGCAAAUUGUACGCUACCUAUGCAUCCAGCUAGACAACGCGAAACAUGAUCUCGCGGAGAAAGAGCAAAUCGUCCGCUAUCUGGGUACCCAGCUAGAGAACGCAGAACGCGAUCUUGCAGGGAAAAGGGGCCAACGAGGCGGCAGAGUUUCCGCGAAACGCGAACAAGCGGACAGGAGUGUAUCUGCGACCUCGUCCGCUGUCAUUGACCUCACAGUUGACUGA